UGUCAUGGUCCUGUCAGACAUCCGUGCUAGAUGUAGGUCUGAGUGCAUCUGACAGGACCGUGGCAGUAUCAUGUUCUGUGUGGGGACAUGUGGGAUCACAUUCUGUGUGUGGCUGCCACAUGUUCCCGGUGUCUUGUUGCUGUCGUGAUCUUGCCAGACCUUAGUGUAGAUCAGGUCUAUGUUCUGUGGGCAAGGUCAGGGCAGCAGUGUGUGUGUACGUGGGAACACGUGUGUUCACAUCAUAUCUGUGUGACACGUGUUCCCAGUGUUUUGUGGCUGUCAUGGUCUUGCCUGACCUUGGUUAUCAUCCAGAGGGCAGGACCAGGGCAGCAUUGUUUUAUGUGGGAAUACGUGUUUGUCUUGUCACUUUUACCCUACUCCCUUAUGUAAUCAUGUCUUAAGUGAUUAAUUAUGUUCACCUGUUCCCCAUUGAUGUGGUGUCUUUAUAAUGCCCUUGUGUUCUCUGUGUGGUGUGCGUGCGUUGUUUGAUGUUUGUGAAUUCCAAGUGUUAUGGUUCCCGUGUAUCUGUUUCAGUUAUUUGUGUUUCAUCACAUUGUUUUGUUCCUUUCCGUUUUACCCCCUCGUGGGUGUUUCAGUUUAUUAUUUAAAUAAAUCAUAGUUAUAUUUUUGUAUCUCGAGUCUGCGUUUGGGUUCUCUUUUGUUUUCAUUAUUCGGUGUUUACACACCGUGACAGAACGCACGCACCCAACUGAACUCAGCGGACCCGAUGAUGCAAUGUGCAUCGGACCCGGAGUGGUGGUCCUCCAUCUCGGACCAGACGCUCUCCGGGGGUAGCCCUUUCCCACCACAGAGGGAACUCCCCCUCAGAGACUAUGCCUUGGCGGUGGAGAAGAGUAGGGGGAGUUACCCGGAGUAUCUGGCCAGCGCCUACCUGGUGGCUGGCAUGAGGGAUCCUCCGCCAGUGCAUGAGAGAGGGAGUUUAUUGGGACUGCCCUACUGGGAGUUGGUGGACUGUCUCGCGCUUCGGCAACGUCCAGAGAGACCAGCGGAGCCUGCCGGAGCCCGCGCAGCUCCGUCCAGCCCGAGAGGUAUUGGGACCGGGGCUGUCAGGAUGGGAGGGUCGACUCUCGUUUCCUUGGCGUUGGGGACUACUCCCGCGACCAGUCACUACCCUGAUCUCCCUGUAUCCGGACGAAGGAGGAGGAGGUCAAGGAGAGUCUCGCAGCCGGCGCAGCCGGGGACACGUCACCCGCCGGUGCAGCCGGAGACACGUCACCCGCCGGUGGCUGCUACAUGUAUAGAUUUUGAAGGGGCGACCGAUAAGCCCCCUAAUCUAACCACAAAGAGAAGGAAGGAAAGAGGAGAAGAGGAUUGGAAUAAGGCAAGUCAGAAAAGAAAAAUACCAAGCGGCUUCCCAUCCCCAGGGACGAUCUUCGUGGAAGAUUAG